AUGGGCAUGUCAAAGGACAAGCAAGGCUUCCUCACCAUCGAGGCAAAGCCCUACCCCUUUUCCUUCCCCCUCAAACACACAGCGCUGCUGGUGAUUGACAUGCAGCGCGAUUUCAUCUGUGCUGGAGGCUUCGGCGAAAUCCAGGGCGGGAAUCUAGAGGCUGUCCAGGCUUCAAUUGCUCCAACGAAGCAACUACUGGACGCGUGCCGAGAUGCCGGCAUGCACGUCUUCCACACCAGAGAAGGCCAGGUCCCCUCUCUGGCGGACUGUCCUUCUUCGAAACUCGUUCGACAGGCUGCCGCACCGGGCAACACGCAACAUCUGAAAGUUAUCGGCGACAAAGGCGAAAUGGGCCGGCUCCUAGUUCGUGGGGAGUACGGUCAUGACAUCGUCGACGAGCUGCAGCCACUCCCUGCAGAGGUGGUCAUUGACAAGCCUGGCAAAGGCUCGUUUUGGAAUACUCAGAUCCUGCACAAACUGAAAGCCUACGGUAUUACCCACCUUCUCGUUUCCGGGGUCACGACAGAAUGCUGCUUUUCGACCACGAUCAGGGAAGCCAAUGACAGAGGGUUCGAGUGCUGUGGCAUCGUUCAAACCACUGCCGGCUAUAACUCAGAUUUCAAAACCGCCUCGCUCGACAUGAUAUACUGGUCACAAGGCCUGUUCGGGUUUGUUGCGGAUCUCCAACCUGUUCUGGAUGUGCUUUCCCCAUGGCAAAUUCAGAGCAAAGGAGUCAGCACCCCUCCACAAACACCACCGUCUUGGGAUGGAAAGCUCGGAAUUGCCGACCUCCAAGCCUCGUAUAAGAAUGGCCUAUCUCCCCUCGAACUGGUCAAUGCCUUGUACGAUCGGAUUGAGAAAUAUGAGCACAUUGAUGGGGCGGUCUGGAUCCGACGAGAGUCGAGAGAGGCCGUCUUGGCGCAAGUCAGACGCCUCCUCGAGCUCUAUCCAGACAAGCAUGCGCGCCCAGCAUUGUUUGGUGUGCCUUUCACGGUCAAGGACUCUAUUGACGUCCAAGGCGUCGAAACCACCACGGCUUGUCCACCGUUGGCGUUUGUGGCCACCAAAUCCGCCGCGUGCUACCAAAAAGUGAUUGGACAGGGAGCCUUAUACCUGGGCAAAGUCAACUUGGAUCAAUUAGCAACUGGACUGAGCGGGUGCCGAAGUCCGUUUGGUAUCACGCACUCCGUUUUUAGCGACGAGCACAUAUCUGGCGGGAGUAGUAGCGGAAGUUGUGUGAGUGUGGGCGCCGAUCUGGCAACCUUCUCACUGGCAACAGACACCGCCGGGUCUGGUCGAGUGCCAGCUGGCUUCAACGGCGUAGUCGGGUACAAGCCAACACGCGGGUUGGUGUCUUUUGAAGGCGUGACCCCCGCUUGCUUGUCGCUUGACUGCAUCGCCUUCACCGCUAGGACAGUCGAAGAUGCCCGCACGCUGUGGCAAAUCUGCGAGGGAUACGAUGAAAGUGAUCGCUAUGCCAGAGAUACAUUCCCGGCCGAACGACACGUCAACUCGCUAGGUGCACAAAGGGAGGCAUUUCGAUUUGGAAUUCCUCCCCCCGAGCUUCUCGAAGUCUGCUCACCUAGCUUCCGAAAACUGUUUAAUGAAGCCAUUGCACGGCUCCAAGCCAUGGGAGGGACUCUGAUGCCGAUUGACUGGACCCCAUUUCAGAAAGCGGGAGACUUGCUCUAUGAAGGCACGUUUGUUUCGGAGAGACUGGCUAGCUUACCCGACGAUUUCCUAGACAAGAACAGGCCGCAUCUGCACCCAGUCAUCCUCGAGCUUUUUGAGAAGGUAGUGGCACGACAGAGCACAGCGGUACAAUUGUUCAGAGAGCUCCAGGCCAAGGCCUUGUACUCCAGACAAGCCACCUCGCAAUUCGCGUCUGCAACCCAAUUAGGGAUUGACGUCGUGGUGGUGCCGACGGCGCCGUGGCAUCCAACGAUCAAGGAAAUGCUUGCAGAUCCCAUCGGGCUGAAUGCAAAGAUGGGCACCUUUACACAUUUUGCAAACGUGUUAGACAUGUGCGGCAUUGCAGUGCCAUCGUCGACAUAUCAGGAAAGCGAGGCUGGACCCCGGUUGCCGUUCAGCGUGACGUUUCUGGGCAGCCGUUGCUCCGACAGCGAGGUGCUGGGGAUUGCCAGCCGAUAUCAGGAGGCGACGGCACGGUAG